AUAUUCACAACUGACAACACUAUUGGCUACUUCACACACAACAAACCUACCAGUACUGGUUCAUAGAUUUCUCUCCCAUAUUUCUAGGGUUUUACUUCUUGACUUCAAAAGUCUCAACUAAAACAGCUAAAUUGAUUAUGAUUACACCUCCUCAAAUUACACCAUGAUGAAAUACACACACAAUUUGUAUCUAUACCUCCUUGUAAUUCUACUUGUAGCUCCUCACUUGACCACUGUGUUUUCUUGGAAAAAAGAUGAGUUUAGGAAUUGUAAUCAGACCCCAUUUUGUAAAAGGGCUCGAUCUCGAAAACCCAUGUCUUGUAAUCUGAUUGCAACCCAUGUUGAAGUCAGCGAUGGGGAUUUGAAGGCCUUUUUGGUGCCCAAGAAUCAAGAAAAUCAAGAGGAAGAUCAAGAAAAUCAAGAAAAGGGGGAGAUUCAUAGUAAAGCUUUGAUUUUGAGCUUAUCUGUGUAUUCUGAUGGGAUAUUGAGGUUAAAGAUUGACGAGGAUCCUAGUUUGGAUCCACCCAAGAAGAGAUUUGAGGUUCCGGAUGUGAUCGAAUCGGGUUUUUUGGAGAAGAAGCUGUGGUUGGAGAGUGUGGAGAAUAAGGGGGGUUUGAAUGUUGUGUAUUUGAAUGGGGAGUAUGAGGCUGUGUUGAGGAGUGACCCUUUUGAGGUUUUGGUGAGGGGGAAAGAUGGGAAGAGUGUAAUGUCCUUGAAUUCACAUGGGUUGUUUGAUUUCGAGCAGUUGAGGGUGAAGAAAGAAGGGGAGGAUUGGGAGGAGAGGUGGAAAGGGCACACGGAUAGGAGGCCGUAUGGGCCUCAGUCGAUUAGUUUUGAUGUGUCGUUUUAUGAUGUUAGUUUUGUUUAUGGGAUUCCGGAGCAUGCUACUAGUCUUGCAUUGAAGCCUACUAGGGGUCCUGGUGUGGAUGAUUCGGAGCCGUAUAGGUUGUUUAAUUUGGAUGUUUUUGAGUAUUUACAUGAGUCGCCGUUUGGGCUUUAUGGGUCAAUUCCGUUUAUGCUUGGGCAUGGGAAAAGUAGGGGGACUUCUGGGUUUUUUUGGUUGAAUGCUGCUGAAAUGCAGAUUGACGUGCUUAAGGAUGGGUGGGAUGCAGAGUCAUCGAUCACGCUUCCUUCGGGUCAGAGUAGGAUUGAUACUUUUUGGAUGAGUGAGGCAGGGGUUGUUGAUGCGUUCUUUUUUGUGGGUCCUGGACCUAAAGAUGUUAUUAGGCAGUAUACUAGUGUGACCGGAACGUCAGCAUUGCCUCAGCUUUUUGCUACAGCUUAUCAUCAGUGUAGAUGGAAUUAUAGGGAUGAGGAAGAUGUUCAGAAUGUGGAUUCUAAGUUUGACGAACAUGAUAUCCCCUAUGACGUCUUAUGGCUUGAUAUUGAACACACAGAUGGAAAGAAGUACUUUACAUGGGAUAGGGCGCUCUUUCCUAAUCCAGAAGAUAUGCAGAAGAAAUUGGCUGCUAAGGGUAGGAAAAUGGUUACCAUUGUUGAUCCUCACAUAAAGAGGGAUAAUUCCUAUCACAUUCAUAAGGAAGCUACCGAGAAGGGGUAUUAUGUUAAGGAUGCAAAUGGUAAUGAUUAUGAUGGCUGGUGCUGGCCUGGCUCCUCAUCUUACAUUGACAUGGUAAAUCCGGAGAUCAGGUCGUGGUGGGGUGAGAAGUUCUCAUACCAGGAGUACGUUGGUUCAACUCCUUCCCUGUACAUCUGGAACGACAUGAAUGAACCUUCUGUGUUUAAUGGUCCUGAGAUAUCAAUGCCUAGAGAUGCUUUACACUAUGGAAAUGUUGAACACCGAGAAUUGCAUAAUGCCUAUGGAUACUACUUCCAUAUGGCUACUGCUGGGGGACUUGUGAAACGAGAAAGUGGAAAUGACAGGCCAUUUGUUUUGUCAAGGGCAUUUUUUCCGGGAACCCAAAAGUAUGGUGCAGUUUGGACAGGAGACAACACAGCAGAAUGGGAGCAGCUCAGGGUGUCGGUUCCAAUGGUUUUGACACUUGGUCUUACUGGGCUUGCAUUCUCUGGUGCUGAUGUUGGUGGCUUUUUUGGAAAUCCUGAGCCUGAGUUAUUACUUCGUUGGUAUCAAGUAGGUGCCUACUAUCCCUUUUUUAGGGGCCAUGCACAUCAUGACACCAAGAGACGAGAACCCUGGCUAUUUGGAGAGCGCAAGACUGAGCUAAUCAGAGAAGCCAUACAUAUUCGGUACAUGUUACUUCCUUAUUUUUACACAUUGUUCCGAGAAGCAAAUGUGAGUGGAACCCCUGUAGUUCGGCCUCUUUGGAUGGAAUUUCCUUCUGAUGAAGGUACCUUUGGCACUGAUGAAGCUUUCAUGGUUGGGAAUAGUAUUUUAGUCCAAGGAAUCUAUACUGAGGGUGCUAAACAAGUAUCAGUAUAUUUACCGGGAGAACAAUCAUGGUAUGAUAUGAGAACUGGAACUGCAUAUACGGGAGGUGUUACUCACAAGUUAGAUGUAUCAGAAGAGGCUAUUCCUGCUUUUCAGCGGGCUGGAACUAUCAUUCCAAGGAAAGAUCGUUUCCGUAGAAGUUCCAAACAAAUGGAAAAUGACCCCUAUACUCUGGUGAUAGCUCUUAAUAGCUCCCGUGAAGCUGAAGGUGAGCUUUAUGUUGACGAUGGCAAGAGCUUUGCAUUCCAGCAAGGAUCUUAUAUCCAUCGCCGUUUUGUAUUCUCUAAUGGAAAGCUCACAUCUAUAAACCUAGCACCUGCUGCAACCGGAAAAAGUCAAUUUGUCACAGACUGUACUGUUGAGAGGAUUAUACUUCUUGGACACUCACCUGCACAUAAAGGAGCGCUCGUUGAACCUUCGAAUCAGAAGGCUGAUGUAGAAGACGGCCCUCUGAUGCUUCGACCAGGACGGACCCCGGCUGUACCAACGAUCCGCAAGCCCGGUGUACGGAUCACAGAUGAUUGGACUAUAAGGAUUUUGUAAUUGUUGAGUAAUACCGAGUGCAAAGAGGCUAUUUAAUUUACGACGCCAUCGAAAUGAUUAAUUUCCUUGGCAAACUUUAGACCUGUCCUCAGAACAUCCGCUAUCCUAUAAUUGUAACUGUUAACUUUAGAAGAUUUCGAAGUUACAAAGCCUCUUUCAGCAAAA